AACAGUGAUUAGCACGUCAAAAUGUGAAAACAAUUUAAUUUUUAUAGUAGUACUUAUAUGAUUUAUUUAACUGAAAUUAUUUACAUUUUAGGAUUAACUUAUUAUUAAUGAUGUUUUAUUGGCGUUAUAUUUUUAGUGCCACUAAUUAAAGUUCUUUUACAAAUAAUAUAUUAAGAUUGAUUUAAUGAAAAAUAUAUUACACAUAUGUUCUACAAUUUAUAUUCUUCCAAAUUAUUGCCCAACUACUCUUUUAUUAAAAAACUUCUGUUAGUGAAAGGUUCAUCAAAAACAAAUAAAAUUAAAAUGACUGAUUGGUCUGGAAUAGCAUAUAUAGAUAUUAAAGAAAAUACGAGCCCCUUUGCACUGACAGCUGAAUGGUUUGAUGAAGCAAAAAAAUAUGGAAACUACAAACUUGUAUUCAAUUUGGCAACAAGCACAAAAUCUGGAGAGGUGUCUAAUAGAUUUUUGGUACUGCAAGAUUUUGUCAAUGAUAAAUUCAGAUUUAUAUCUAACGAAAAUUCUCUAAAAGGUCAAGACAUGAAAGAAAAUCCAAUGGUAGCAGCAUGUUUUCUCUUAAAAUACUCGAAAGAUGGAAAUCAAAUCACACGGCAGUUAAGGUGCCAAGGUAUUAUCACAAAAAUGUCCUACGAAGAGGCAUCAGAUUAUUACAAAAAGGAUCCUUUAUAUUGUCAAAUUAGGUCUCAUAUUUAUAGGCAAGGUGAAAUAGUCGACUGGAAUGAACAAAAACAAAAAUAUGAUGAAUUAGUCCGAAGGGUUGAAGAGGGCGUUACGUUGACGAUGCCAGUAUAUCAAACUGGUUAUGAAAUUUCUCCUUUCUCGUUUGAUUUUUAUGAUUCUGCAGGUGAUCAAAUUGCAGAUAGAAUCGUAUUCAAGAAAAAUGAAGAAAAUGGUUGCUGGGAUUAUCAUCGAGUGGCGGCCUGAGUGUUUAAUAUAAAUAAUCAUUAUAUAAUAAAUUGAAAAAAUAAUAUUUUGUUGAAUAAAAGUAUCGUUGCAUU